CUUGAGGAGGGAAAAGAAAAGAAAAGAAAAGAAAUUCCCUCAAUCAUUUGAGUUGGUCUUCUUCUCAUCAGUCUGAUCACCGACAUCGGCCAGCCCAACGGGGCCUCCUUCCCCUCUGCCGCCGUCUGAUCUCAGCUCAAUUUUAGCAUUUUAGCUACAGCCAUUCAAGAAAAUUAUGCAACAAGGCGAUUUUAGCUCCUACUAUCAGUAUCCACAAAACCCAAACCCGAAUCCGAAUCCAAUACCAGCUCCACUUCCUCCCACCCAUCAAGCAACUCCUUCACCGCCGCCCUACGCCUCUGCGCCGCCCUUCUCGGCCAAUUACGGCCCUGCCUCGGAUUACCUUAGCUCUUAUCCUGGCUCUUCUUAUCCUUCAUAUCCCCAAAAUCCCAAUCCUGCCCCCACUGCCCCUUCCUUCAAUACUCCGCCUCCUCCUGCUCCACCUCAGCAAGCUCAACCUUCUUCUCCAUUUCCCCAAUUCGAAACGCAUGGGCCCUACCCACAGGCCCCUCCUCACCAAUCAAAACCGCCACCACCUCCACAGCCCUAUUUCUCAACCUACGACCACCACCAGCAGCCUCCACCACCACAGCCCAGUUACUCUUCUGCUCCUAGCCCUAAUUCCAUUUCCAAGUCAGCCUAUUCUUCAGCCUACCCAUCUCAAUUCAACCAACUAAGCUCCUCUGUUCCACCUGUUUAUGAUAGCCCAUAUGAUCAUAAUGUGACAUUUGAUCAACCAGGCAGCUAUUUUGAGGGUUUUCCGGCCAGAUAUGGAGGUUCUGGUCGGGAAAGAUCGGAUUUUGGAUCAAAUUUUUAUGGGAAAUUAGGCGACGGCGGUGGGUAUGGCAUAGAUGACUAUGGUGACGGGGUCUAUGCAUACCAAGGGAGUAAGGUGGAGCCUUAUGGGGCUCGAGGCACGGCUCCAAAGUCGUCGACUUGGUCUGGUUUUGAUGAUUUUGGGAGGCCAAUUGGGUAUUCUUCAGAGAAGGAGAGGCCUUCUGUUGCUUCAAGUAUGAAGAUAGUGAGGGCUGUGCCAAAGGCGGAUACCCAGCAGGAUGUGAAGAGCGGGGUGCAGAAGUUUAGAGUUAAGCUAUUGGCUGAAAGUGGCGGCCAGAGCACCAUGGAUGUUCUUUGCCAGAUUGGCUUGGAUGGGAUUCGCAUGCUUGACCCAAGCACCAGUCGGACACUGAGAAUAUAUCCCCUUGACACAAUAACUAGAUGUGAAGUAACAUCACCAUCAACCUUUUCCUUUUGGUCGAAAAGUUCUGUUGACAUUGAACCAAGGCGCAUUAGGUUGCAGUCAAGUAGUUAUACAACAAAUACUCUUUUGGACACAGUGACUGCCGCAACUGUACAGUUCAAGGAGAUGGGAGGAAGAAGUAGACCUGCAGAAUCUUCUAAGAUUACGGAACAGCCCACUGACAAGAAAAAAGGUCUUGCUGAUUGGAUGGCUUUCAUGAAGCCUGUCAAUGAGGAAAAAGACCAUUGGAUUCCCGAUGAGGCGGCCUCCAAAUGCACAGCUUGUGGGACGGACUUUAAUGCCUUUGUGCGCAAGCAUCACUGCAGAAAUUGUGGAGAUAUUUUCUGUGACAAGUGCACGCAUGGAAGGAUAGCACUUACCGCUGAUCAGAAUGCUCCAGUUGUCAGGGUUUGUGAUCGUUGCAUGGUCGAAGUUUCCCAUAGAUUGACUAACGCCAAGGAAGCCUCCAGCAGAUCAACUGCAUUGCACAGUCACGAGGAUCUUGCAAAGAAGCUUCAGGAGGAGAUGGAGAGAAACCGCAAGGCAUCAUCAGGUUCAAGGUCAGAUGGCUCUGGAAAGCGGAUGAAAGAGGUUGCAUGCCCUACUUGCACAGUUCAUUUGCAGGUUCAAGUUCCCAGCUCUGGAUCAGAGACCAUAGAGUGUGGUGUUUGCCAGCAUCCAUUUCUUGUCAGUGCUCACUGAUGCUAUGGUUAGCUUGCUGAGACUUUACUUUGACUUUUGACAGUUUGUAUUAAUUGAAGAGGUUGAUCUUCAUGAUUCAGAUAAUCUUUUUCUUUUUUCCCGGUUUAUCUGCCGUCUGCUUGAUAUCAAGGAGUGGCCUCUCUGUGUCUGUAUGUGAAAAUUCUGUGUGUAUCUGGGCUGCUUUAUGCUGAGAAGUUGCAUUGACCUUGUAAAUCUUAAUUGUUUUUUGGGAAGUGCCCUGUUCAUUGUAAGUUUGUGAUGGUGUAAAUUUUCCUUCGUUAUUGAGAUUACCUUGAGGUUGAAUUAGACUUU